AUGUUUUCUCCGGAAAAGGAUUUCAUUCUCUAUAAUGCUUAAAGACCACCGAAUAUAUAAGUUCCUAGUUUUAUGACAACAGCUUCUUCAUUCAGAAAUCAAAAGUUAUCUAGCUUAAGGAACAAAAGUUGUGCCACAGCAAUCCAAGAUGCAGUAUAUUAAAUAAAUAAAUAGAAGAAACAUAUAUCAACAAUAGAUUAUUAAAUUUGUGAUAAAAGUGAGCCUAUCAAUCUUAAGAAUGCCUGUUAUCCAAAAUUCAAAUCAGAAUAGAGUGAAAUGUCUCAAAUUGCUAAAUCCUAAAUUAGUACAUUCAUAACAGUCCCAAAAAUAAUUCAUUUAAUUGAUUUCUGUAAUAAAAAAAUCAUAGAUGAUGAACUUAAAAAAAGAAAACUUAGUUAAGACCAAACUCAUAAAAACUUUAACUUAAAGAUUAAUAAUUUUCAUGACAAUAAGAAAUCAAUAAAGUUAGUAUAAAAAAAUACAAAGAGUAAUUUCACACUUCCAUAAAUGUAAUCUAAUGGAAAAAAUGAAAUUCAAAUUAUCUAAGAUAAAAUAAAUUAAAAUAAAAUAGAUACAACAUCAUUUAAUGAUUCUCCAGCUCCAAAAAUAAUUAAAAAGUAACCCAAUUUUUAAACCUAUACAACUAAAUAGCCAAUUAGAAGUUUCGAUAUGCUUUUCAAUGUUAAACAUCUUGUGAAGUUAUAAUAAAAAAGAUAAAAAGAAUUUGAGGAGACUUAAUAAAAUGACCCAGAAUUUUAAUUAGAAAUUAUAAAGAGAUAAAAUUAAAUUUAAAUUUUGAUGUCGAAUACCAAAAAACUAGAAUAACUCAAAAAAGCUUCGAAAGGAGUAAUCUAUUAGUUUAAAUUAUUUAGAUAUUAUCACACAUCAAUGAAUAAGAUCAGUAGGCUGAAUAAAUAUUUUAGGAUUUCAAAUAGAAAUUGGAUAUAAAAUGA